CCCCUUUACAAGUCGGCCCGUGAGCCUUCGCGCUUUCUCUUUGCUGCUCGCGCCGACCAUGGGGAUCUCCCGGGAUAACUGGCACAAGCGCCGCAAGACCGGGGGCAAGCGCAAGCCCUACCACAAAAAGCGCAAGUAUGAGCUGGGUCGGCCGCCCGCCAAUACCAAGAUCGGCCCCCGACGCAUCCACACAGUGCGAGUCCGAGGAGGCAACAAGAAGUACCGGGCGCUGAGGCUGGACGUGGGCAACUUCUCCUGGGGCUCUGAAUGCUGCACUCGGAAAACUAGGAUUAUUGAUGUGGUCUACAAUGCAUCCAACAACGAGCUGGUGCGGACCAAGACUUUGGUGAAGAACUGCAUCGUGCUUGUGGAUAGCACGCCAUACCGCCAGUGGUACGAGUCCCACUAUGCCCUGCCCUUGGGCCGGAAGAAGGGAGCAAAACUGACUCCUGAGGAGGAAGAAAUCUUAAACAAAAAGCGAUCAAAGAAGAUUCAGAAGAAAUAUGAGGAACGGAAGAAGAAUGCUAAGAUCAGCCCGCUUCUGGAAGAACAGUUCCAGCAGGGCAAGCUUCUGGCCUGCAUCGCGUCCAGGCCAGGCCAGUGUGGCCGGGCAGAUGGCUAUGUACUGGAAGGCAAAGAGCUCGAGUUCUAUUUAAGAAAGAUCAAGGCCCGGAAGGGUAAAUAAGCUCUAACUUGGACAUUCGCUAAUGGAAUAAAUCCCCAGAUUGUU